AUGUAUACGUCGCAGCUCGCAUUUCCUUCACAUUUAGCUGAAAGUAUUGCGCGGCUUCCUCACAUCCAAAGCAUGAGGAGCCUAUGGUGGAGUCAGUAUCCAGAGAGAGCGAAACAAGCGCAAACCGGCGGGCAUGUUAUGAUGCACGCGCCUGCAGUUUUGAGAAUAAUUCAUUUCAUUCCUACUUGA